UGUAGAGCUGGCUGCGCUUUGUGCGCUUGAUUUGUCAAGGGGACGAGCGUAGUGUAGCGAGACUAGCGAGAGACAGCGGCCCGCCGUGCCGGAUGCCGCCACGUUAAUAUACGUUCCCGUCGGCGUCGAGGCGCCGAUCCGACGAGUAACGGACCCAGGUGACCGGCGACGAGAGAACGACGACGACGUCGACGACGACGACGAGAGGAGAAAGGACGAGGAAGACGAGGAGGAGAACGACGACAACGACGACGACGACGGGAAGAAGAACAACGCGCGGCCGUCGGUCCCGUGUCGGCGAUGUGGCGAGCGUCCUGGGCCGCUGGAUGUCCGGCGGGGGUGCUCGCGCGUCCCGUGACGGCCGUGGCGAAUCUCCGGAUCGAGGGGUGAGGGAGUCGACGUAGGGAGCAGCUUGGGGAGCGCGCUCAAGCGACAGCUCGUGCGUCCGAGCGAAGUGCGAACGUACGAGUGAGCGAGUUUCACGAGAUCGUCCUUUCCGAGCCGCGCGUCAGAGCCGGGAGGCAACGACGACGACGACAACACCCCCGCUCGUCGUCGUCGACGGUAGGUAGAUAGCUCACCCUCUACGAGAGAGAAAAAGAGUGAGGGAGAAAGAGAGAAAGAGAGCGCGCGCGACAAUGGCAUCGCAGAAUCAGGGCGCCGUCAACGUUACCUCGCCCGGUAUCACGUCGGCAACGACGACGAUGACAACGACCACGGCUAACGGGCCGCCGUCGACGUCGGCGCCGUUACCGGGCACCACCGUCCCGACCAGCGCGGCCACCAUCUCGGCCGCGAAGACGCAGACCCUCGCCUCUGGUGCUCAGUCGUCGCAGUCGCAAUCCCAGCAGCAAUCGCAGCAGCAACAGCAGGCCAACAACAUCGAACCACUGGACAAGAGCUCCUCCAAUACUCUAAAGCGUAAUCCAAAGAUGGAGCUGAGCAAAACUGAUUUGCUGAAGUUACUGGGAUACCUGGAAGGCGAGCUCCAAGCGAGAGACAUAGUGAUAGCAGCAUUAAAAUCAGAAAAAAUGAAACACCUUCUAAGUUCCCGGUAUCUUAGUAGUACUGCAGAUCCACAUGCGGCAUUAGCUCGCGACAUUGCGAUAGUAGGUGGUGUUAUUGGUGUUGAGGGAAAUCAAAUUGAUCAACAAGUCGCUAGUCUAGAAGCACUAGUGACACAGCAAAGAAAGGCGCAAUGUAGGAUGACUAAAGUCCUUAGAGAUGCUGAAAUUAGGCACAGAUCGGUAAUUAAAGAAUUGGAGGAAGAGAAGCGGAAACACGAACAUGAUACCGCUCAAGGUGACGAUAUCACCUAUGGUCUUGAGAAAGAGCGGACAAGAUUAAAGAAGGAAUUAGAAUUAGAGAAACAAGAAAAGAAAAAACUAGAGAUGGAAUUAAAGAAGGCCAACGAUCAUCUCGAGGAAGAAAAAAAUCGACAGAAGCAGAUAGUACUGCUCCUCUUAGCGGAACGUAAGAAGAUUAUUAUGAAGUACAUUGAGGAGAGGAAACGAUCUGAGGAUUUGGCACAAAUACUCAGCGAAGAGAAGGUGAGGAUAGACUCGAUGGCCGAGGGCCUCGAGGAAGAGAGUAAAAAGUCACUGCAGAUGGAAGCUGAAUUAGAGAAGCAAUUAGCGCAAUUCGAUAUCGAGAGGCAGCAAUAUCGGCAGGCCCUCGUGAAAGAGGAAAAGAGAGCGAAGGAUUUUGAGACGGAAUUGGAAAAGUUACGAGUCGAAAUGGACACGUGGAAGGAGUCGCAGGCUCGCGGUCCUGCCAGGGGAGUUGGGGUAACUCCACCACCGCCACCCGCAAAACCAGCCAACUUGGUCGCCAUGCCGACACUCAGGCCGGCUAGUGCUCCACAACCAAUGAAAGGGGCAGUCUUGGGUACAGGGACACCUAUGGUUAGCAGUAAAGUUGUUCAGCCUACUGCGACAGUAUCCAGUGUUCCUGUCAGUGGACCAACGACUGGGAUUGCUAGGUCUGUAACACCUGGACAGGCACUUCGCGGAGUCGCAUAUACGCCUAAUUUAACAUCUGUGGGUGGAGAAUCUACAGCUCCUUCAGAUACGCAGGCCGUAGACAAGCGACAGCCGAUUGUACCUGCGCCCGUUAGUACCGCGGCCGCUGCCGCGGCUAAGCUUAUCACGUCGUCGCAAGCCGCCGUCGCCGCUGCGGGGAAGCUCGGUUUUCACGUUGGCCAGUCUUCAAGUCCUGCCGCCAGCCCCACUGUUCAAGCACCCGCUGCCGCCGCCGCUACUACUGGUAGUGGUGGUGGUGGUGGUGGUGUCCUGCCCGCGAAAAAGCCGCCGAUCUCGCGCGGCGUGCCGCCCCCGGUACCACCGAAUAAGCCAGUGGUACCGCCGAAAAAAGAGGCGGCCGCUUACCUCCGAAGACCGGAACUGCAAUCGCAGAACGCGCCGCCGCAGGAUACCGUUAAGUACGGUAAACAGGCGGUCCCGUCGCACGGUGCGACGAGCGGAACCGCUCCUCCCAUGCAAACGCAUCAGCAGCAACCGCUUCCGGCGAGCACCACCCAAGCCGCCGCCGACGAAGAGGUCAGUAACAAGACGGCGGAGUCGAGGUAGAUUUAGCGGAAUAAUCGUCAUAUAUUCGCGUAAAUAGGGUAAAAAAAAGAUGCACCCUCCACCAAACGCAUAAUACAUAAAUGUAAAUACGUACAUACACACUUACAUACUCACGCACGCAAUACGCAAUAUGUGUUCAAUAUACAGAGCAUCGUGUGAAUGUUGAUUUCAGACAAAGCCGCGUUGAUUUAGCGCCGAAAUAGAGAGACUAAAAGCGUACAUACACUGCGAUACGUAAUAGAAAAAAAAAAAAAAAAACCGAGACGCUACGUCGCAAAAGCUUGGGAAUCUAUGCUGGAUCUGCACGGUGCAAGAGAUUCCGCGCGGGAGACCAUUUCUGAGAUUGCCAAGGGGGAGAGAAACGAAAAGGCGAGGCGCUUUGUACAUUCGAUAGACUUUCGAUAGACCUGUCCUUUGAGGACGGCGAGCGGUGCGUGUUGUACAUUACGACUAGAUCUCAUCAUGGAUCGGCGGCGUCCGAUGAAUGGAUUUCAGGAUCCUAUUUGCAACGGAAUGGCAUUCCGGGUUGUGACCGGAGCAACCGCGAAAACUUAGAAAUAUUUCUCAGAUAUGUAAGAUAGUCGCUGUGUAGGUUCCUAGCUCAUUCUGUACGGACAUUGAUUAUUAUCAUUGACGAGCACGAGUCGUUUUAGGCCAAAUAUGGAGUGUUGAUUACGACGCGUAGAUUUUAUUAACGUCUGCAAAAAUUUAAGGGCUCGUGUAAUGUCAACUCUUAAUUAGAUUUUCGUUUCCUACUUGAGGAACGAUAACGCAAAACGAGUUGAAUCCACCUCUCGCAAAUCUUAUUGGCUUUGUAAAAAAAUUUUUUUGGUACACAUAUUUUUAUAUAUUUAUAAAUUUAUAUAUAUACAUAUAUAUAUAUAUAUAUAUAUAUAUUCUGCAAUCUCUAGAUAUUUUUUCCUCUACCUUUCUCGCCAUUAUAUGUACUAGAUAGUACACAAAGUAACAUCAAGAAUCUCAAGAAAAUAUCUCUUUAAGGCAGACUUCGAUGUAUGGCGUUUUGCAAGUUUACCACGAGUUUAUCUGACCGGAUUCAAUCUGUUUCGCAUGAUCGUUCUGCAUUUACACAUAUAUAUAUCACGGGUAGAACUAUAAUCUUUACAAGAGGAUAGUGCUAAAGCAUUAAAUAAAUUCAGUUAACUAAACCAGAUUGUCGGGUGCGCAACUUAGAAUGGGAAACUAGAAACUCUAUCACGUGCUAUAAUCACUGCCUUGUCUCACAUAAUUGCGUAUACAAGCUACAAGCUUUAGAGCUAUCUGGAAGAAACUAUUGUACACAUUGCCAAAGAAUAGGCGUCACUGUUUUUUCAAGACACAAUUAAUUUUGUCAUUGGAACUUUAAGAAAAUGUCUGAGAAAAUGGAAAUAGAUGAAGAAGAUCCAGUGUUUUCUACUCAAUCCUUUAAAACCCUUGAUACAAAAAGAAAUAGAAAAAGAUGGUUAUACAUUUGUACAUUCUAACGUCUUCUUUUUUCAUGUAACGAUUCAUUCGUAUCUCAGGUAAAAACGCUGUGUUACGCUAAAGUGUACGAUGAAUAGGUGGAUCGUAGAGAUAUUAAUUUCCUCCUCGUAGGUUUUUUUUACUGUCAUUAAUUUAGCACGAUAAUUGAAACCUAUUAUUUAAAUCACGAACGCUAGAAAUUUGCAUUUAUUGAUUACGAUUUGAUAAAUCUCACGCAAUUUACCGUGUAUCGUUGACGACACGUUAAUCCUUGCAACGCCUUAAAUAGCUUUCGUCUUUCAGAUUGUGUUAUUAAUCGUUAUUAAUGUAAAAUCAAUGUCCAUCAUGCGUAGAAAAAUGUAUAUAUAGCCCUAUGAUUUUAGGAUUCUUAGGUGGCGUAUCCCUAAUUACGAGAUACGGGGUAUGAUCUCUAUGAAAUUACGAAUAAUACUCCAGGCAUUGUAAAGUCUUCCAGUGUUUUACGUUAUACGUACGUUUGUAGAAUUUAAGUUCAGGGUUUAGUCACGACAGUCCGAUAAUAAUAUACGUUAAUUGAUUGAAUGUACCCUCGCUAUAUGUAAGGACUGAGUCAUCCUUUCGAUCGUCAUUGCGAAACACAAGCGGACAAGUAGUAGGAACUGGGACCAGGGCCAAGGGGAUUAACAUGCAGCUUGCAACACACCGAGAAGACCAUGCUCGCAAUAAUAGCAACAGCAAGAGAACAAAAGUAACCGCAACAAUAAAUAGUGAACUUUAAAUAACGAUAACAAUAAUAAGAUUAACAAAUAUAUCGCUAAUGAUUACGUUGAUUAUUGACGAUAAUAGUGGUAAUAACUGAUAAUAUGACAUUAAUAGAGGGAGAAAGAGUAACAGGACGCUAACAAAUGUGUAAUUUUAGUAGCAUUUAGCAGCAGCAGCAGCAGCGACAGUAACAAUAGUAGUGUAUCAAUUAAUAGUAGAGAGUAGCGCUAAUGACUAUAAAUAAUAAUAAUAUAAUAGAUGUGCUUCUCGAAAUAAGGGAGAGAAAUCAUCAGCAAAAAAAAGUUAUCGAUAAAAAGACGGAGAUCUCAUCGCGCGUUGUGCAUACUCACUAUCUCUAAGUCAAAAUAAUUCAACAAAGAGAUUCGUCCGAGUUAGAUUGGGUGUACAUUUAAGAGUUUUACUCUCCGAGUAGUGGCUCUCUCGAUAGCAAACACUGUUUAAAGUUAGAAACGAGGAAUGGCUUUUAAUGGCUAGAGUCUACUCGAAACUAUUAUCCUCCAAGAGGGCAAUUCUUGAUAUGUAUUUGUACGCUAUAGAUAUAAAAAUUUAUACGUAUAUAUAGAAAAUGGCAAAGAAAUGUUCAGUAAAACUCUUAAUGAACAUCUGCUUUCGAAGGCCGCUGUGUUCUUACGUAUCAUUCACCGCACAAAGUUUUCGUUUUUCGUGUCCAUGUGACUAAUGGAUAGCUUAAUUAGCAAUUGACACGAGAAGGGUCCGAUCAAUACUCUCGAGCGAACUAUCGAAAAUUAUCUCGCGUGUUACUUGGCAGUGUUUUACAUCCCUCUGACUAUUUUAUGAUUUUGAAGGAACUGCUGCGUAAAAUAUCGUAUUAAACAAGAAACGGAUCCUUUUGGUGUUAAUUUUACACCAACGCGCAUAUAUAUAUAUAUAUAUAUAUACACUCGUAUAAAUACACAAACGUAGAUCCAAAAAAGACGAAUAAUACUUUGUAUACUUGAUAGGUAAUCAGUGUACAUAGAUAUGUACGUAAAAGCGUAAGUUAGUCAUAAAAAAAAAAUAGAGACGUUGAUGGAAUUCAAUGAGUCAUACAAAAUCGUAUUCAUGUCUUGUUAAUUUUAUCGAACACAUGGAUGUAUAUAUACGUGUAUAAGGCAUAGUAUACCAGUCGCGUGUUAGAGGUGGGCGGGUUAAAGUUUUAAGGGAGACAGUCAUUUUGUUGACACUGAAAAAAAUGUGAAAUGCGGAUAUGUAUCUACUGAGUAUUUAGACGAACGUCGGACAAUUUUGAGGCCUGACAGCCUCGCAUUUUGAGACUGUCGGGAGACUAUUCUGUAAAAUUGACUCAUAUCUAAUGCUAGCGAGCCAUCACUCCACGAUUUUUGUUGGCAUUAAUUGUACUCAUUUCCAACUGCAUACGUUAAUGGUGGUAUUUAAUAACCGCAGACUUUAAUGAUGAACCCUCCUGACAAUGCAAUUUAUUUCACAUAUGUUACAAACUUUUCUCCGUUUGUCCGGGUUUGCUAAAACCGGAUAUUAAUUUCUAAAUACCCCAACAAAAGCUAUGCAAACGCGUUUUACAUAUAAAAAAAGGUAUACAUUGUAAAUGUCGAAUUGAAAUCUGAAAUUUGAGUUUCUCAUGAUACUGUAGAUCUCGUGGUGUUGUUGUCUGAGUAGGAGUAUCAUCAUCGGGUGACUGUCCUCGUACGUAGAAAAGACUUUACCGUUUAAGUGAUAGCGAGAUAUUAAAAGAGAGAGAUAAACUUUUAUACAUGCGAGAUGUUCUCGCGAACGCCAUUAUAUGCAUAUUACGUAACUCAAUCAAAGCGACCCUUUUCUCUCCGCAAUCCCACACGGGAUUGCGUGUGUUUGUUAGCGGCAAUUGUGCUAAAUAGAGUAAUAAAGUAAAAGACAUUAACCGCGAUCAGCGGCUACGAGCGGAAUAGAACCGAAAAUCGGAGUAAAAUCGAAUCGUGAUUAACUGUAAUUAUAAGCCAGUAAUUAGUUCGGCAAAUGUACAGAGGGUGCGAGUAAAAUAAAUUAUUUGUUUUAAUUCUCGCAGAUAAUAAAUGUAGUGAUAAUUUUUUUUUCUCUAUUAAAAUAU